GCCGUCCUCCCAUCAGCAGCCUCCGCUGUAUGGUACGGAGUGAGACCAUUCGUCCCCCAAAUACUACAUUGUAAGAACUGUAAAGGAUUUGGCCAUGUUGCAAAUGUGUGCAGACGAAAGAUGUAUACUGAAGAACGGAGUGAAGAAGAGAACCGUCUGAAGAGAAUAAAGGGCCAGUCUGCUGAGGUGACGUCCAGGGAGAUGCUGCGCUCCCUAUCUCAGGCCAAAACGGAAUCCUGGGAUAGAUUCUUGCACGGCUCUGAACUCUUUCAGGGGGAAGAGCUAGAUCAGAAUACCCUGGAGCAUCUAAAGCGUUGGCUGGUACCUGAGAAAGUGGCCAUCAGCGCUGAGGAGCUGGAGUUUCUCCUGCUGUCACUGAGCCGAGAGUAGACCUCCACGGACCAAUCACAGAGCGGACCUGAGGCAGCCACUCAGAACCCUGAAGAGGACAGGAGUCCCAUACCUGAGAAAUAACUACCUGUACACUGCAGACAUUUUUCAUACGUUAUCAUGUGUUAUUACUGGACAGGAACAUGGUUGGAUUUCCUAUACUGUCAUUAUUAGGUUAUGUUUGUUUGUCUGUUUUAUUAUUGAGGAGAAAGAAUUCGGUGACAUAUCAUUACAAAUAUUGCAACGGUCCAUUGUUUGUCAUGUUACCUUUAUGAAAUAUUGUUGAUUUUAUGAUAUGGUUAAAUAAAAGCAGUUAAUUGUUGGGGAAAUAGCCGAAACUACCCUGGUUGCAU